AUUAUCAAUUAAGAAAUGUGAUAGUUAUUAAUAUAUAAAAUGAAAGCAACAUUUAUUAAAAUAUACACAUGUGGUAUAAAAAUAAACAAAUAAACGAUUUUUAUCCAUUUCAUACUCAAUAGGAACCUUAAAAUACGACACACAAUCCUCUUCAUCAUUGUAAUAUGCUUUGCUUGCAACCCCUCUUAAUCAUUCACUAAGCAAACAUCAAGUAAAAAAUCUCAGGUAUCUCCCAAAAUUUGGAAUUUUAUUAGAUAACUAAUCCAAACCAAACAUUGUAAUACCGAGCACAUAUACGACUGAAGAUACUAAAGGUAACAUUUUUUUGUUACAAAUAUAAAUAACAUUUCUUCAAACUACUGCCUAUCAAAACCACAUUCAUUGAUGUGAAUUUUUGGUUCAUUUCGGCAUCUAUCAAUCAGUAUAUUCUGUAGGAUUAGCAUCUAGCAAGACUCUCCUGCACGUUCCCAAAACCUUAGCUUGUAAAACUAACUUUGUUCAUCUAAGCCAACUUGUAACUGGAAGUAAUCUAGUCUUAUAAUUUUACAAAGUCUCCUCUAUAUUUUUCUUCUAAAAAAACAAACCUUAUGAGUCAAGACCGUGUCAUUAUUAAUUAAAUAACCCAUGUUGUUGUUUGGUAAUCCAAUUUCCAAAUCCCUCAUUUAUCUCUUUCUCUCUCUCUCUCCUAUUGACUAGUGAGGCGAAAAGUCAAAAGUCUUUCUCACUAAACCCUUUAAAAACCCCCCCAAGAGCAAACCUUAAUCACCACCAGAACCACCACUCCUCCUAGGCUCCUACAACAUCUCUGCUUCUUCAAGAAAUGGAUUCCUCGAACGCUCCUUAUCUCUUCCCAAGAUCCGACUCAACCGUGUUACCCGACCCAUCUCGCUUCUUCAGCCACGAACUCCUCUCCUCCCCUCUCCCUACAAACUCAUUCUUCCAAAACUUCACCCUCAAAAACGGCGACCAACCCGAAAACUUCCACCCUUACCUCAUCAAAACCUCCCCUUCGUCUCUCUCCAUCUCAUACCCAUCUCUCACUCACAACCCCGCUGUCGUCUACAAAGCCUUCACCUCCGACAUCACCAUCACCGGGUCGGAUGGACCCGACCCGCACUCAAGAAAAACACACUUAAUCUCUUCCUUCAGCGACCUCGGCGUCACUCUAGACUUCCUUUCCUCCAACCUCAGAUUCUUCCUCGUCAGAGGAAGCCCCUUCGUCACCUGCUCCGUCUCCAACAACUCCUCCAUCACAAUCUCAACAACCCACGCGGUUUCAUCCUUCUCCGGUAACAGGUCAUCAACCAAGUACACCGUAAAGCUCAACAACAACCAGACAUGGCUCAUAUACUCCUCCUCCCCGAUCAACCUGGUCAAAACCGGUUCCGAAAUUAACUCAACCGGUGGAUUUUCCGGUAUAAUCCGGUUCGUCGUCUUACCGGAUUCAAAUCAAGACUCCGAACCAAUACUCGACCGGUUCAGCGUCUGUUACCCAGUCUCAGGAGACGCUGACUUCACGAAACCGUUUGAAAUGGAGUACACGUGGCAGAAGAGAGGCUACGGAGACCUCCUCAUGCUCGCUCACCCUCUCCACCUCAAGCUCUUAUCAACCUCAUCAUCAACCACCGUUCUCGACAACUUCCGUUACAAAAGCCUCGACGGAGAUCUUGUAGGCGUCGUAGGAGACACGUGGCUUCUAAAACCAGACGCUAUCCCAGUGACGUGGCACUCACUCAAAGGAAUCAAAGAAGAUCACCACCGCGAGGAGAUAAUAUCGGCCCUCGUCCAAAACGUCGACGCAUUGGACUCGUCCGCUGACGUCACGAGCGCGUCGUACUUCUACGGGAAACUAAUCGCGCGUGCCGCGAGGUUUGUUUUAAUCGCGGAAGAGGUUUGCCACCUCGACGUGAUCCCGAAGAUUCGAAACUAUUUAAAGAGCAUGAUCGAGCCGUGGCUGGACGGGAGUUUCGGACCGAACGGGUUCCUCUACGAUGGCGGUCUGAUCACGAAGCUCGGUUCUAGAGACUCGGGAGGAGACUUCGGGUUCGGGAUUUACAACGACCACCACUAUCAUCUAGGUUACUUUCUGUACGCGAUCGCUGUGCUCGUUAAAAUCGAUAACUUGUGGGGCAAGAAAUAUAGGCCUCAGGUUUAUGCUCUGGCGGCGGAUUACAUGACGCUUGGGAAGAAGAAGGGUUCGAGUUCGGUUUAUACGCGUUUGAGAUGUUUUGAUUUUUUCAAGCUUCAUUCAUGGGCUGGUGGGUUGACGGAGUUUACUGACGGGAGGAAUCAGGAGAGUACUAGUGAGGCUGUUAACGGUUAUUACUCUGCUGCUUUGUUGGGGUUGGCGUAUGGUGAUAUAGAGCUGGCGGCGGUUGCUUCGACGGUUUUGGCGUUCGAGAUUCACGCCGCGAAGAUGUGGUGGCAGGUGAAAGAAGACGACACUUUGUACCCGAGCGAUUUCACGGCGGAGAAUCGUGUGGUUGGGGUAUUAUGGUCGACGAAGAGAGACAGUGGCUUAUGGUUCGCGCCAAAAGAAUGGAAAGAAUGUCGCCUCGGAAUCCAGUUAUUACCGAUACUUCCUGUGUCGGAGAUUCUGUUCUCGGAUGUGAAAUUCGCGAAGCAGCUCGUGGAUUGGACUUUGCCUGCGUUGGAUAGAGAAGGCGGCGUCGGAGAAGGGUGGAAAGGAUUUUUGUAUGCUUUGGAAAGUAUGUACGACAAAGAUGGAGCGAUGGAGAAGGUUAAAGGAUUGAAAGGGCAUGAUGAUGGGAACUCUCUGAGUAAUCUAUUGUGGUGGAUUCACAGUAGAAACUCUGGUGAUGAAUGAAAAGAUGAUGAAGACGUUGCAUGUUGGUACGGUGGCCAUAGCGGUGGCGGGAAGUAUUGUUCCUUCGAUUAUUAUUGUAAUCACACUUUGGAGUUGUUCGCUUUUCCGUUAAUUAAAUACAACAAAAUGUAAUGCAACUUGAUUUAUAAAAUAAAACUUGGUUUAAUC